AUGGGAGGUCAAGGUUCAGGUCCUUACUGGCUUAAAGAUGUCGCCUGUAAUGGUGACGAGGAGAACCUGUCGGCUUGUCCAGAUUUGAAUUGGGGACCUCACUCUGACUACUUCAGAGUCGCCGCAGUGAUUUGCAGCAAUACUGCCUUCGAUGGAAACAGGGCUGAUUAUUUUACAAAACAGACUAACCUUGGACCAUGCACGAGCGCGGAAUGUGGGGAGAGGACGAAAUGUGUGGCAUUGAGCAGUGGCAACUUCGCUUGUAUUAGCUUGGGACCUAAAGACGGAUCACUCCGUUUGAGGGGCGGUUCUCAUCCCGCUGAGGGUCGAGUAGAGGUGUUGUAUAAAGGUCAAUGGGGAAGAAUCGCUGGCAAGAAUUCCUGGAAAUCCAGCACCGCAAAGGUUGCUUGUAGGCAAAUUGGCGGAUACAGCUAUGGUGUCUCGAUGACAAUCUAUGGCGAUACCUUCAUGGGAGGUCAAGGUUCAGGUCCUUUCCUGAUUUCGAGUAUCAACUGUUUAGGAGAUGAGGAGAACCUGUUAGCUUGUUCAGUUCCAUUACGACUAUCUGGUGGAAAUACAACUUCUAGGGGUGUGGUGGAGUUGUUUUAUGCUGGUCACUGGGGAACCAUUGCGUCUGUGUCUUACUCAUUCUACCAAAAAGACGCUGAUGUCGCCUGUAGACAGUUGAACUAUUCUGGAGGAUACGCUGUAGAUUCCACGAGAUUCCCGGAAUACCAGAGACAAGUGGUAUGGGUUGCGGAACCAGGAUGUUCUGGUCCGGAAGGCUAUAUCAGCGAGUGUCCUCUUGCCACUACAUGGGGAGAUGCAUCAGCUGAAGCCGACGUCGCCAUAUUGUGUGAGGACCAAAACAGUUUAAAAAAUGCCUCUGUUCGCUUGGUGAAUGGUGACACGCCCUACAGGGGACGCGUAGAAAUCGAGCGCCUAGGAAUUUGGGGUACUGUCCUGAUAAUGGGAUGGGACGACCGUGACGCUGCUGUUGUCUGCAGGCAGCUUGGAUACCAGUGA